AUGGAAGAAUCAGCAAGUGCAGAAAUCCAAGUCGAAGCAAAUGCUUCAAUCGGAAAUGAACUUCAAAACAGAGCGUUGGUAAUUGACAUCACUCAAAUGCUAAAAAGUUCUAAACCUCCCUUCUCUCCCUUAUCACCUGGAUUUUGUAUCUACAGGGUUCCACAUGAUAUUCGCGAAUUGAAUGAAAAGGUCUACACUCCUACGUAUAUAUCAAUAGGGCCUUUUCAUCAUGACGAUAAAACAUUGGAAAUCAUGGAAAAGCUUAAAGUGAAAUAUUUCAAGAUAUUUGUGGAAAAGGCUGCGCUAAACGUGGAGAAAUUAGUAAGCACUAUAAGGGAUAGGGAAGGAGAUGUUCGACGUUGUUAUGCAGAGACUAGCACAAUUACCAGCGAUAAUUAUGUGAAAAUGAUCCUGCUAGAUGCAAGCUUCAUUAUUGUGUUUUUCCUGAUCUUCUCCAUGCCUACAGAAUGGGGGUGUGAUGACGAGUUUACAAUAUUAACGUCACAAUUGAUGGAUGACAUGUCGUUGCUUGAAAAUCAACUUCCUUUCUUUAUUAUUCAGGAAUUAUACAACCUAGCGUUUGCAUCUCACUCAAACUACCCUUCCUUCACUCAGCUUGCCUUUACAUUCUUUAGGCAGUACAACACUCAAAACAUGUCUCCCGAUCUCAAUUUUGAAAUAAAACACUUCGUUGAUUUGUUAAGAACCUUUUUUCUACCCCAACCACACAGGCUACCACAAAGAUAUCGUCGCGAAAGUGUUACGCAUUUGUACACUGCGAGCCAGUUGCACGAGGCAGGAGUGAAGUUUAAGGUGAGCUUAAGCAAAUGCUUAUUUGACUUAAAAUUCACAAACGGAGUGCUGGAAAUACCAUGCUUUCAACUAAAUUAUUCUGUGGAGCGUUUCUUUCGAAACGUCAUGGCCUUGGAGCAAAUUUACUAUCGUUGGGAUCGUUAUGUUUCCGAUUAUAUUCGCAUAUUGGAUUUCCUUAUUGACACUGCCAAAGAUGUGGAUUUACUUGUGCGAAAAAGGAUCCUGGUCAAUACUAAUUUAGGCGACAGCAAUAAAGUGGCAACUUUGGUCAACAAUCUCAACAAAAAUACUUUUACCUUAAACACGAACUCUAAUUAUUGUCGUCUUUGUGAAGAUUUGAAUACAUUCUAUGAAGAUCCCCGUCAUAGUUGGAAGGCUACCUUGAGACGUGAUUAUUUUGACAAUCCUUGGAAGACUACUGCUACCAUAGUUGCUAUUAUCCUUUUGGUGCUCACUCUCACACAGACUAUAUGCUCUAUUAUCUCAUUACAAUAA